CAUACUUGUCCCGUGCACAUCCUUCGCCCUUCCUUACCAAACCCCUCGGCAUCUUCUUUCCAUUUUGGUAAACAUCUAAAAAGUCAUCUCAGCUCAUUCGAAAAACCACCACCGUUGACAACGAUCGAGGAGACUUGUCAGGUGAGGUGGAAACAUGACUGAAAUGACCACACGACGCCAUGGUGCCCAAAGAUAGCAAUGGUCCUGCCACAUCAUCCUCCAACAACGAUCGCGUCGUCAAGAAGAGAGCAUCGCAAGCAUGUCACCACUGCAGAACGAGAAAGGUCAAGUGCGACCUGAUGAAAUCGGGUGUGCCAUGCCACAAUUGCGAGUCUGAUGGCAUUGAAUGCGUCGUCGUCGAGUCUAGGCGAAGCAGGAAAUAUCGACUUCAAAAACGACAAUUGACAAACCUGGUCACUAUACCUCCGUUGAUUCAAGCUCAAUCCACCGUGUCCGAGGACUCUCACUCGAACGAGGACACCGUAGAAGAACCUUUCAAAGAUGUCGCCGCCCCAGAUCCUAGUACAACGGCACUUCCUUCCACUGUCACGGGCAUCAACCUUCAGAGUCCACCUGGAAUAGAUCCAAGCCACAAUAUAAAUACCUUAGGCUACCGGCCUACAAGCCGGAAUGUUCGUGCUGCCUCAUCGUCACAGUCAGCAUCAUCGGUCGUCAACCUUCCGUCGUACAUUCGUCCCAUUCGACCAAGUAUCAAAAGGCAAGACAUUGAUUUUCUAUCAAGUCGCGGCGCCUUGGCUAUUCCCAACGAUGAUCUUCGCGACCAACUGCUCCGAUGCUUUGUGCUCUACGUCUACCCAUAUAUGCCGGUGGUCGACCUCGAAGAGCUACUCGGCGCCAUCGACGGCACCAACAAUAGCCCAAAGAUUAGUCUGACCCUUUUCCAAGCUGUCAUGUUUGCCGGAAGCGCUUUUGUCGACCUUGAGCAACUUCAAAAUGCGGGCUACGAAAAUCGAAGAGCAGCCAGGGCUGCUUAUUAUCAGAAAGUCAAGAUGCUAUACGACUUCGACUGGGAUGUCGAUCGUAUCGCUCUCAUUCAAUCUCUCCUCCUCAUCAACUACUGGUACGUUUCCGAAAACGACCAGAAAGACCCGUGGCACUGGUGCGGUGUCUGCAUAUCGAUUUCGAUAAGCCUGGGAUUGAACCAGAGGAUCACCUAUUACCAGAGAGACCUCAAAACUUGCCGCUUGUGGAGACGAAUUUGGUGGACCUGCGUUAUGCGCGACCGCAUCACGGCAGUAAGCAUGAGACGUCCAAUGAGAAUCAAAGACGAAGAGAUCAAUCUGAUACCACUCUGGUAUGAUGAUUUUGACAUACGACCCAUCAACACUUCUAUACCAUUACUGAAGGGGACGCCAUUCUUGACAGACACGAUGCUUAAGAAGAGCCUGGCUGAAAUGUGUAUCGCCCAAAUCAAUCUCCUGCUGACGAUGGGUCACAUCAUCCGGGAUCUGUACCACCUGCGAGUCUUCGGUGGGUCGACCGCCGAAGCUACGAUGCUAUACAAACCCAAAGCUACGCACGUUGAUUCGGCACAGUUGAGCAAGCUCGGGGAGGAAGUAGCUCAAUGGUACAGAGAUCUGCCGAGCAGCUGUUGGGUUUUGCUUCCGCCUUCCGAAAACAUGCGUCGUUACGAUUCUCUCACGGAAGACGCCCUCUUCCUGCAGCGGGCCCUACUUCGGAUGAUGUAUCUGAUGGCCACGGAGAACCUGAACAGGCCCCAAAUGCUCUCGAAAGGAAUGUCGACUGACUCCACAAACAAGGUGAAAGAAGCAGCGGACGACAUAGCCGAGAUGGUGCAAAGACUACAGCAGCGUGAUCUGGUCAGGUUCCUCCCGCCGUUGGCCGUCAGCUUCAUGCUGUUCGCCCUGGCCGCAUUCCUGGUGGAGAUCAAGACAAAGGGUCAGAACUUGCCAGGCCAACAAUUCCACCACUGCAUCCGAGCAUUGUGGCAAUUGCGAGACAUCUGGCCCAUUGCGGAUUCUGCCUGUUUCCUGAUCGGCCAGAUGAUCGCCAAAAGCCAGGUGGGUGGCAUCUCGACCCCUGGCAUCCAACCGACCGGAAUCUCCUACAACAGUCCUCCUGCCCAGCCGAGUGAAAGUAACGACGUGCAAAAGAAAGCGCAAUCGAUACCUCAAGCCACUUCGAUCCAGUUCAUCCAGGACGGACCACAUACCACUACGAGUAUGGCGGGGGUAGUCAUGAACGCCACGCCAAUGACGGCUCUGGACAAUAGGCCCCCACGAGUCCACCACCCAACGACGACCACCAGCACCUCGAUCGACCUGGACCACCUCCCGACGGAUUUGGCCAUGGACUCGAUCACGUUCCCCGACAUGAACGACCCCACGCUGUACGCCUGGACGGGCUCCGAAUUCGACACGAACUACGCAGGGGUCAUCACGAACGGGCACGCCCUGCACAUGGACUUUGCCUUUGACGGGCUGGGGAGUGAUUUCCAAAACAACCUGCUCGGGUUCGGCCAGUCGCCCAACGACCUCGACCAACUGGGUCUCGACAUGCCGUACACCCCGGCGGGCCAGCCGCGCGCAGUCUUGACGGACGACUGGAACCCAAACGUGCAGAAUCCCUUUUACGGAUGAGUCCCUUGGGAAUCUUCACGUACCCCGUACCACCGCACCGGACGGAGGAGAACGCCGUUUUCAGAUCCGGCGAUCUUGAUUCGACUCGUGUCAUACGUCCGAUGUUGAACGAACAUACACACAUCCCGGAUGAUCCGGGCGUACGAGUCCACAAACGGUCGCACGAUGACUCGAAAACGAUACCCUUAUCCUGUGACUACAUACACGAGUAAUACCUUCGCGAUAUGGUCAUUUCAUGUCAUGAUUCCAAAUGCCACGGUCCAGCAUCAUUCCAACGGUAUCAAAAAAAAGUGUUUCAAUGACCAGGCAGUAGUACAUCAAUAUGAAUUCUAUUUUUGAACAACUCAGGCGUUCCAAGGUCGAAUCCGACGGUGGGCUUGAACGUGAUUGUAGCGAAAGGGGAGGGGAACAAGGGAC